UGGAAUUGUAUUUUAUGAUUGGUCAGUUGUUUUUGACUAGCGUUCAUUCUUACUACGAAAACGCCAAAUACGCUUUCAAGUUUCAAUCAAACCAAAAUGGAGGAUUUGUCGGUCGAGGUGUACGGUGAAAAUGGUGCUUAUUAUAAGGCCAUUGUCACCGACGUGCUCGACAACGAGGUUCUCGUAGCCUUUGAAAAUGACUGGCAGCCUGAGUCGAAGUUUCCUUUCUCGCAAGUUUUCCUCCCACCGAAAGACACCGGGAAACACACAGAGUUUGUGGAGAACCAGGAGGUGGAGGUAUUUGCGAGAUCCAAUGAGAAGGAAGCUUGUGGGUGGUGGACUGCAAACAUCAAGAUGAUGCGAGGCGAUUUCUUGGUGAUAGAAUACUUGGAAUGGGACAACUGCUACACUGAAAUAGUGCCAAAGGACCGCCUCCGGGUGAAGACCGUUAAGACGCCCAUAGACAAGAACACCUUUCACAAGUUUGAGAUUGCUGUGCCCGAUGAUCUCAAAGAUUACCUGCACGACAUGCACAGCGCCAAAGUGGAGAACGCGCACAAGGAGUUCCAGAAAGUGAUCGGCGCCGCGCUCGUGUGGUACGUGCCCGAGCGCGGCGUGCUGGCCGUCAUCGCGCGCUGCGAGACCUCGCACAAGCGCGCGCAGAUGCUGCAGGAGAUGCACUUCAGGAAUCUAGCCCAAAAGUUUUUAUUGCUGAAAAAGACUGAAGAAGCAGCAAGGCAGUUGGAGUCCACCAAAAUUCACAAUCAGGGAGGCUUCCUUGAGCAGUUACCCAGAAACGCGGCCGGCCACGGGAACGACGAUAGUAACCGCUACACGGACGAAUUCUCAGUGCGCGAAGACCUCAUGGGCCUCGCGAUCGGAACGCACGGCGCCAACAUACAGCAGGCGAGGAAAGUCGCGGGCGUCACCAACAUCGAGCUAGAGGAAGUCUCUUGCACCUUCAAGAUCUGCGGAGAGUCAGUGGAGGCGGUGCGGCAGGCGCGGUCGCUGCUGGAGUACGCGGAGGAGUCCAUCAAGGUGCCGCGCGCGCUGGUGGGCAAGGUCAUCGGCAAGAACGGCAAGGUCAUACAGGAGAUCGUGGACAAGAGCGGCGUCGUUAGGGUGAAAGUGGAGGGUGAUAAUGAGCCGCAGCCGUCUACCCCGCGCGAGGAGGGCAUGGUGCCAUUUGUGUUUGUGGGCACUCGGGAGAACAUCGCCAACGCGACAGUGCUGGUCGAGUACCACGUGGCGCAUCUCAAGGAGGUGGAGCAGCUGCGCGCGGAGAAGCAGGAGAUCGACCAGCAGCUGCGCGUGGUGCUGGGCGCGGGUGCGCUGUAUCCGGCGCCGCCGCGCGCGCGUCGAGUUCGUCCGCCGCCGCAGCGGUAUCCCGGCGGUGGUGGCGCGCGUCGCGGCACGCCGGAGCUGGCGGACGAGCGCGGCGACGCCGGCUACCGCCCGCGCGGGGGCCGUCCGCCGCGCGGGCACAGGUCUCAGGAGCGCCGCGGCGAGCGCCGGCCGCUAGAGAACGGACGCGCGCCGCACGUCGCGCACGCGCACCCGCGCGACUCGCACGUUCACCGCUCUGCUGACACUCGCACGCAGAGCGGACGCCGACGCGACGAGCGCCGCCGGCAGACGGACGACGACAGCUCCCUGCUCGACAGCCAGGACGUCUCCAGCGCUGACAGAGAGUCCGCCAGCGAGUCCGAGGAGGGCCGCGCGGGGGACGCCCGCAGACGUCGCAGAAGACAAGGUAGGAGGCAAGGAGGCGGAUGGAAGAACGGCGUGAGCGGCGGUGGGGCCGCGGGCGCGGCUGCGGCGGUGACGGCGGCGGGGGCGGGGGCGGGGGCGGCGGUGGCGGGGGCGGGGGCGGAGGCGGCGCCGCGGGCCAAGCGUUCGCCAGCGCCGGCGCCGGCGCCCAGCAGCAAGAAGCCGGAGCUGGUGAACGGCACAGCUUGACUCGCCGCCGCCCGCGGCCCCGGCCGGCCUGACUCCACAAGCGACACGCGAGACGCUGAUAUUGUAUCCUAACGUUAACUCAUGUAUCGGACCGACGCCCGAACUAGACUUACUCGUAUUAUGCUUUUAUAAGAGAUUCGUGAUUUGUAUUCCUGAUUAUUCGAUAUUGAAAAUUGAGAUGUGUACGCUCCCCGGACGAUACGCCUCGGCGGACCGCGCGCUAGCGCUCUCCUCGAAAAUAAUUAAAACAUUUCUGUACAUAUUUUCAUUAGUAUUUUUAUUUGUACAAACUUUCGUUACGAUAUGGCGAUACAUUUAUAUUAUUUUAUAAAAAUAGUACGACUAGUGGAAUGUUCGCGAUGAACUAAAUUAGUAAUACUUUAAACUGGAAGAGUCCUCGGGGCACACUCAGAUGUGACACAAAGAAUUUGCAAAAUUCUAAAAGUGAUUCGUUUGACACGACUAACGAAUACUAUGUACACCGUAACGUACUAUCAGUAUCAGUCAUUACAUAACAGUACCGUGAUAUGCAUUAUUGCCGGGAUAUCACUAAUAAUUAUUUACAAAAGAUAUGCUUUCAGCUGUUGUGCUUCCAAAUGUUGGUAAUCUGGAAUCGUUUACAAUUCGUUCUAGCUUGUACAAAUGGAUAUGUGAAAAUGUGAAGUUACAUUAAAUUCUAACUUCAUAAUCCCUGAUAGGUCUAACAUGUUUUGUUUUCGUAACUUGAAAUUACUGUCUUGUAUCUCAUAUUGUAUAAUUCAACAUUGUUUUUUUUCUUUCAAGUAGUGUGAAAGGUCUAAGUGAAAUCAAGCGGAACGCGCAAUGGUAACGCUAGUCUUAAAAUUAAAUUAUUAAAUUUAUCAAACGAUAUUUACACGACUCGUGUUCAGUUUGAUUCCAAUUAGACCGACCUUUUUAUGAUAUUUUAAAGAAAUAUACUUUAGGCCUGCUUCAAGUAUUUAGUGAACACAUUAUUAUAAUCGAGAUCAGGGCGCAUUGUGUAAAACCUUUGGAGUAUUCAUGUUCUAUAUUGAUAAAUACCUUGUUUGGAAAAUAAUUAUGUCUCGUAUGUUAGUGCCUAAUAGUCUACGCAAAUUUUUGACAAGAGUUCUUCACGCCUGAUCUCAUGUUUUUGAAAUUGCCAGUUGUUUUAAACAUUGCAUUUGUAAGAGGUGUGGAAACCUCGUUAAGUCGUUAAGGCGGAAUCCGGCGGUUCGCUCGGAGAUUUUCACUAUAGUGAAGUAUUUUUAGUUGAAUGUUUUCGACACUUUUUAUUUUAUUUUUGACGUGUCACUUCGAGUAAAGCACUUUGUAUUAUAAGCCGUCCGAUUCCACCUUUCUAUUUUGUAAGAUUGCUAUGUCAUCAGUCUGGGAUAACUUUUGUCAAACAUAAGCGUCAUUGCUUAGACUAUAGGUAUAAAUUACGACAUUGUACACGGUUUACUGAACAACUCCUGGCUGAAUUACUGAAGAGGUCGGACCAGGGUUCGUGUUUUUAUUGAGAGCAGCUUCAAGGCUAGUCACAUCGGCCAUCAGUAAUUCAGCCAGUCUUAGAGUAAGUGUAACGACACAUCCGCCGGUAUUACGUCGUCGGGACUGGCCUCCGAAUUUACGUUGUAGCGUAUUCGGCUGUCAACAAUAAGUGAGCGUUAUGACGCUAUAUCCCGGCCACGUAACACCGACGGGUGUUUCUAUACUCUAACAGAUGUUUGAGAUUUAGAAGUAGACCUUCUUUAUCAUUGUGCUGCCUGAUAUGAAUUAAAUACAUAGUUUUUUGAUACAUUG